UUUACACUCUACCUUACCAAACCCCCAUCUUCUAUAAAUUACUUCUGAUCUCCAUUGACAAAAGCUUCAAAUCUGUCUGGAAUGGCGGUGGUAAUUACAGAAGAAGCUUCAAUAAUAUCUCCAAGAAAGCUUAGGGAUGAUCUCUACUUGUACGCAUACCAGGAACAAUCGAGCACUCCACUGGUGAUCUCAGUUCUUGCUUCUCUGAUUGGGAGGACGGUGACGAGGAACCAGAGAAUUGCCAGGAACUUCAGAGGAGCUAUGGAUAUUAAUGUGGGAUCAACUAAGGUUUUCGAGUGCAAUGAGGCGCCGGACAUGACGAUUGAGUCGUACUUGGAGAGGGUUUUCCGGUACACCGGAGCCGGACCGUCGGUUUAUGUUGUCGCCUAUGUUUACCUCGACAGAUUCUGCCAGCUCCAUCCCCAGUUCAGAAUUGGUCCCACAAAUGUCCACAGGCUUCUCAUCACUACCAUCAUGGUGGCUUCUAAGUAUGUUGAAGAUAUGAAUUAUAGGAAUUCAUACUUUGCAAGAGUGGGUGGAUUGACAACAAUGGAAAUGAACAAAUUGGAGGUAGAGUUUUUGUUCUUGAUGAGAUUCAAAUUGCAUGUGAAUGUGAGUGUAUUCCAUAGCUACUGCUGCCAUCUUGAAAGAGAAGUGGGCAUUGGAGGAGGCUACCAAAUUGAGAGGACUUUGAGAUGUGCUCAAGAUAUCAAAUCAAAACAAAGAGAAGAUACAACAUUCACCCAGGUUACCAGCUUAUUGCUGUAGAAAUUAAAACAUAGAAUAUUCAUCUGGUGUAUGCCCGACCCUUGAAUAGUAGAUGCGGGUUUCUCUCAUUUCUCAAAAAAAUUGUAUAGAAAUAACAAUUUUGGUUAUAAUUAUGCGCAUAUAUUCUCCCACACUUAACUAUUUAUCUCAAGUCGGGUUUUU